AUGUCGCUCGUCUCCGGAGAAAAGUCGAACUUCCAGUUCAUUCUGCGUCUGCUCAACACCAACGUUGAUGGCAAGCAGAAGGUCAUGUACGCCUUGACCAAGAUCAAGGGUGUCGGUCGCCGCUACUCCAACUUGGUCUGCAAGAAGGCCGAUGUCGACCUCAGCAAGCGCGCCGGUGAACUCACCUCGGAAGAGCUCGAGCGCAUUGUCACCAUCAUCCAGAACCCCACCCAGUACAAGAUCCCCUCGUGGUUCCUCAACAGACAGCGCGACAUUGUCGACGGCAAGGACUUCCAGAUCCUCGCCAACGGUGUCGACUCCAAGCUCCGUGAGGACCUCGAGAGACUGAAGAAGAUCCGUGCCCACAGAGGUCUCCGCCACUACUGGGGCCUCCGCGUCCGUGGUCAGCACUCCAAGACCACUGGCCGCCGUGGUCGCACCGUCGGUGUCAGCAAGAAGAAGUAA